GGUAGUUGGUAACAGCUGUAAAGUGAGACCAAUUUACUUCGUUUUUAACCUUCAUUUCAUUUUCUUUGAAUUAACAACUUGUUCAUUGUUUGUAAACAGUGCUGUGAUAGAAUUGUUUGAGAAAAAACAAUUCGUUUUUUAAUUUAGGAUUUUAGAGAAUGGCGCAAGUUGAAAAACAGAGCGAAGAUCUCACCACAGACGCCCUUCCCGCUCCCAAUCGUUCAGUGGCUAAGGAAAAUACCAACAAUGAGAACGUACGUGAAGAUAAUGGAGAUGACAAAAUUCCACUACCAGAUGAGACGCAGUGCAAUAGCGCUGGUCGCUCAGACAAAGAAAAUACAGGCGUCGAAAAUGUAAAUGAAGAUGGUGAAGAGAAAAUUCCACAAUUAGAUGAUGAAACACAGUUCUCUCACACUUACACCAGUUCCGCUGGAACUAGCAGAACGGCUUUCAGGAAAAUUAAUCCGUCUUCAGCUGUUUAUCAAAUGGUCAACAUAAGUUAUUCAAAAGGAGUUCACAUUGGUGACAAUAUUGUCCACAAUCACAAUGGGUUGGAAACAUUUAAAAAGACUAAUAUCGUUGAGACUGCUGCUAUAAAAUCUUUGAAACUUAGAAGUGAUAGAUUAACCAGAGAAGACUUAUUGUUUGUUUCUACACAUAUGGAUUCCUCGUGGAAAGAUGUGGCCAGAGCCAUGAAGUUCUCUGAAGGAGAAAUUUCGCAAUUUGUCUGCGAUCACCAACAUUCUGGAAUUAAAGAGGUGAGAUCUUUCACUAUAAUACACUAUCUCUAA